GCCGCCGCGGCUUCCAAGAUGGCGGCGGGUGCGUGAGCGCGGCGGUCAGUCAGUCGGUGAGGCCGCCGGCGGGAGCAGGGCCGGGGGCGGGAGGGGGCCCCGCUGCCCGCCGCCAUGAAGGGCAAGGAGCGCUCGCCGGCCAAAGCCAAGCGUUCACGGGGCGGCGGGGGCGGCGAGGACUCGGCGUCCUCCUCCUCGUCGGCGCGGGGCGAGCGGAGCAGCAAGAAGCCGAGCGGCUCCGGCGGCUCCAACGGCAGCGGCGGGAAAGCGGCGGCGGCGGCGGCCUCCAACGAGAGCAAUAGCGGGAGCAGCCGGCGCGGCCCGCACCCCGACAAGGCCGCCCGCGCCGGCAGCCGCGAGUACGAGGCCGGGGCGGCGGCGGCGGGCGGCGGGGGCAGCCGGCACGGCUACGGCGGCGGCAAAACGGCGGAGGCGUCGCGGAGCAGCAGCAGCCGCGGCGGUGGGGGUGAGUCCCGGGCGGCGGCGGCGGCCCCGUCCUCCUCCUCCUCCUCCUCGGAGGCGGGCGGCGGCGGGGAGUACAAGACGCUGAAGAUCAGCGAGCUGGGCUCGGCGCUGAGCGACGAGGCGGUGGAGGACGGGCUUUUCCACGAGUUCAAGCGCUUCGGCGACGUGAGCGUCAAAAUCAGCCGCCUCCCGCCCGGCACCGGCGCUGCCGAUGAGCGCGUGGCCUUCGUCAACUUCCGCCGGCCCGAGGACGCCCGGGCCGCCAAGCAUGCCCGCGGCCGCCUCGUGCUCUACGACCGCCCGCUGAAGAUCGAGGCCGUCUACGUCGGGGGCGGCGGAGGGAGCAGCCGGCGUCGCAGCAGCCGUUCCCCGGCGCUGCUGGACAAGGAGUCUCCCUACGGCACAGCGGCUGUUGGGGUGGCGGCAGCGGCGGCGGCGGCCGUGCGGCACCCCCCAGCUGGGGCGACGCAGCGGGCGCUGUCACCCGCUGGCAGCGGCGGGGCCCUGGGUUAUCGAGACUACCGGCUGCAGCAGCUCGCCCUGGGCCGCUUGCCGCCUCCGCCCCCUCUGCCCAGGGAGCUGGAGAGGGAGAGGGACUACGGGGGGUUCUACGAAGCGCGAGUGCGGCCAGCCUACGGGCUGGAGCGGGUGGCUGGUGUGGCGGCUGCUGGGGGCUUUCGUGGAGGAGGAGGGGGUGCCGGAGCCGCUGGCGAGGAGGAGAUCAGCCCCGAGGAUGACCAGAGGGCCAACCGCACGUUGUUCCUGGGCAACCUGGACAUCACGGUCAGCGAGUCAGAUUUACGGCGAGCUUUUGACCGUUUUGGGGUCAUCACUGAGGUGGACAUCAAAAGGCCGGGGCGCGGGCAGACCAGCACCUAUGGUUUUCUUAAAUUUGAGAAUCUGGACAUGGCACACCGGGCCAAGUUGGCCAUGUCAGGGAAGGUGCUGCUGCGCAACCCCAUCAAGAUUGGGUAUGGGAAAGCCACUCCGACUACCAGGCUCUGGGUGGGUGGCCUUGGGCCCUGGGUGCCCCUUGCUGCCCUGGCCAGGGAGUUUGAUCGGUUUGGCACCAUCCGCACGAUCGAUUACCGCAAAGGGGAUUCGUGGGCUUAUAUCCAGUAUGAGAGCUUGGAUGCGGCGCAGGCAGCGUGCACCCACAUGCGUGGUUUUCCCUUGGGCGGGCCAGAUCGCCGGCUCCGUGUAGACUUUGCUGACACUGAGCAUCGGUACCAGCAGCCCUACCUGCAGCCUCUACCCUUGCCGCCCCCUGCUCAUUACGAGCUCGUGGCGGAGGCGGCUGCUUUUGGGGCUCACCGGGGAGCCCCACCUGAUCCUCUUCGGGGGGCCCGGGACAGGACGCCACCGUUACUCUAUAGAGACCGCGACAGAGACCUUUAUCCUGACACAGAGUGGGUGCCCCCCCCACCCCCUGUACGGGAUAGGAGUAAUCGGGCAGUUGCCUAUGACCCACUGGAAAGCCUAGAGCGCCGCCGGGAUGGUUGGUCCUUGGAGCGGGACCGAGGGGAGAGGGAGUUGGGCAGUAGUAGCAGGGAUCAGCCUAGGAAACGGAGACUGGCGGAGGAUGGAGGCCGGCACUUGGACCGCUCUCCAGACAGCGAGCGCUCUUCUUCCUCCCGUAAGCGCCACUGUUUAGCCACGACCUCUCCACCGGACCGCAGCCCCGAGCUCCUCGGAGGGAGGGAGCGUUACGGUAGUGACCCUGAGCGCUCGUCCUCCCGCUUGCUCUUGUUGGAGCGGCCUUCGCCCAUCCGGGAAUCACGCAGGGGCAGCCUGGAGCGGGGGCAGAAUGAAAAGCGUGACCGCAAGAACUCCGCUGAACGGGAGCGGAAGCAUCGUGCUUCUGUGGCUGCUGCCGCACAGGAGUGCAAAAGUCCAGCCAAAAAGGACGAGCGUGCUACGGAAGGAGGUGGCGGAGGCUCCCGCCUCAAACCUCCUCCUCAGAAACAGCAGCAGGAUGGAGCGUCGCAGGCUGGGGGAGCCCCCAAGCUGUGCUUGGCUUGGCAGGGGAUGCUUCUGCUGAAGAACAGCAACUUCCCGUCCAACAUGCAUCUGCUUCAGGGGGACCUCGGUGUUGCCAGCAGUCUCCUCGUGGAGGGAGCGACUGGUGGGAAAGUAGCUCAGCUCAAGAUCACCCAACGUCUUCGUCUGGACCAGCCCAAGCUGGACGAGGUCAAUCGUCGCAUCAAAGUGGCGGGUCCCAACGGAUACGCCAUCCUUUUGGCUGUGCCUGGCGCAUCAGACAACCGCUCCGCAGCCGGAGCUAGCGAGGCCGCCACCACCUCCACCCAGAGGCCACUCAGGAAUCUGGUGUCCUAUCUAAAGCAAAAGCAGGCUGCUGGGGUGAUCAGCCUCCCUGUGGGGGGUAACAAAGACAAGGAGAACAGCGGGGUCCUGCACGCCUUUCCACCCUGCGAUUUCUCCCAGCAGUUCCUGGACUCCACGGCCAAGGCGCUGGCCAAAUCGGAGGACGACUAUCUGGUCAUGAUCAUUGUCCGUGGGGCGUCCUAAGGCCCUCGUGUUCUCUGUACCCAACCCUGCCUACUCCUCCACACAGCCCCUCCAGCGUGUGCCAGGUGCUAUGGGAUACAGCCUUAGCCAGCCCUGUCGUUAUUUUAAAUUAGAUCUUUGUUUGUAGGUGACUUUCCCUGCCCGUUUUUCUGUUACUACAUUUUUCUAUAAAGUUAGGACCCAGGAAGGUUGGUUAGUCAUUAGCGUGAAUAGGAUAUUUUGAAAAUCCCCCAUCAGUGGGGACAGCAGGGAGGCUAGGCCUGCUUUGAUUUACAGAAAAAAAAAAAGAAAAAAAAAAAAAAAAAAGAAAAAAGAGGAAAAAAAACUGGGAGGGGGGUGUGCGUUGUGGAAAGAACAAACUCCCGUCUUCUUAAUUUUGAUUCGUGUCCUUUUUUCAUUUCAUGUAUUUUAAAGCGAGUUCAAUAGCUCAUCCUCGAUAAGAGUUUCAAACCUAAAAGACCAGAUUUAAAGCACUCAGUUGAAAUGGAAAACCACAGACGUACUAGCGGACUGGUGUCAACUCAUUUUUUCGAGUCCUUGAAAUCCUGUGAUGGCCUCAGGCCAGCGGCCCUUUGGCACGCGUGAUCCCUUUCCUCGGGAGCCUGAACGGUUUCCCUUUGAGUUGCACGGCUCAAGGUUGAUGUCUUUCAGGUGACCAGCACCUGCUCUCGGGUACACUGCAGAACAUUGAAUUCCUUUAUUGGGUGUUUGAUAAUUUCAUCCAGCCCCUCAAAAUGCAUGCACUGAAGGUAUGCUUUUUUAACAGGUGUAUUUCUCCUAUUUCUCUGAGUUCUGUUGUAUCCCAUAUAUGCACUUUGGGUUUGUAGCAGUGACAAUGUUGGGUAAAUAGCUGAGGACUUUGUUACAAACCGUGAAUGUCUUGUGCUUACUCUGGUAUGCAAGAAACAAGGAGGUGCUUUAAGAAUAACUUUAGUUAUAUUGUGGUUUUUUGUUUUUACUGCCUUUUUUUCAAAGAGUUGCAGGUACAGUGGGGUCUGGUUCCACAGUGCAAACUCUGAGCAAGUGUGCUUCUCUCCAGAGAUGGUUUUAAUUCUGUGAUAAUUUAAUUACAUAAAAGUUCUCAUUAACAUUUUACCUCUUUGUUAAUAGCAAGAAACUGCUGUCUGCUAGGGACUUUUCAGGUACAGUACAGUGGGCAUUACAUGAGGUUUAUCAUUUUAUAGGCAUUUGGAGUAAAGUGGUUUUUGGCAUCUUGGAUAAGUCUUAAAAGUAGUCUGGGAUGCUGAGGUUUGAGCUCUUGUUCCUGUAAUUCUAAGAGAAAACAGUUUGCGCUUUUUUUUUUUUUUUUUUUCCCCAAAAACUUGGUUCGUUUAAUGUUUUUUUGCCCGCUCCUUGGGCACUUUUUUCCCCGCUGUCUUGGCCACCUUGCUAAUGCAGGCAUUUAGGAGGUGAGAAAGGAUCUAAAAUCCCUGUUGUUUGGCUUAACAACCGAAAGGAUGUUGCAGCUAGCUUCUGAACUGAAGCGUAAAUCUGACUGUUCUCUACUUACAGGCCCCAAAAUUGUAAUCUUGCACUUAAACCCAGAAUGUAAUCUUGCACUUAGCCACAUUUUCAGAGGCUUGGGCAACGUAAACGCGAUGCUGCUUUGCUCGGUCAGUCCUCUGAUACGUUCCUUGGGCAACUGGUGCAGGGACAAGUUGAUUUCUGUUUCAACUUCCGCCGCAAAAAUUGAGUUCAAAAUGCGGAAUCAGUUGCGAGUAGCAGGUGAAGGAGGAAAUAUCUUGAAUGUGUUUUACGGGCACAACAGUUCUGAAGUGUGACUGUAGUUGCUUGAGAGUCACUGUCAAAAAUAUGAACCUCUAAUACCCGCUUUACAGAACCACUCGUCAGAGAGUGCUUUGGUUUGCGUGGGCUUUGAUUUCCUUUAUCUGACCGGAAUGAGUAGAUGUAAUAUCCCAAGCAUCGCGAUGAUCUGAGAACUUGAAUGUGGCCACAUAAUCUUGAAAACGGAUGGUUUUGUUUUUAUAGCUACUUUUCUUUCUGAAUAGAAACAUCGAAGCCUCAUUUAAUGCUUUUAAAUGUUUGAGGGUAACAUCCAGGAUUUCUGGGUUGUCCUUCAGCGUGAAUGUAAUAGAUGGCAGAAUUCAGCUGUUCAUCUUCCUAUUAACAAUGAGAAUAUUUUGAAAUGACACCGAUAACGCAAAUAACUGUGUUUUAAAAGAUACAGCGUAUUUAUCACUUAUUGCAAAGAAUGUCUGUUUUAAUUCUAGCAGGUGUCUGUUGCGUGUCAGCAAGUAACCAACACUGCUGCUAACUCCCUUGAAGUGCUGCUUGCAUUUAGAGCGAGUUUUCUCCUUGCAUCUGACUUGAGUCACUUGCAAGCGCAGAGUUUUAAAGGAAAGAAACUUGAACUGCAGGGAAUUCAAAUCUGCCCAAAAAUUAGGAAAAAAAAAAAAAAAAAAAAAAAGAAGAAGAAAAGAGAAGCACUAAUGUUGUUUGUGUUCAACACUUACAUGUGCUGAGAACGGUGUUUGUUACGCUGAUACGCAGUAGGCACCUGUUUAUAAAACCCAUAAAACUUGGGGUCAACAUAGCUUGUCAAAGCAAACUCAGUGUGGGAACCCUUUUGGAAAGAGCAUCCUAGGUGCACUUCCAUAUUUUUUUUUUCCUUGUAAAAUAGCGGUGGUUAUACCUGCCACGGGCUUUUAUGAGUCAAAGUUGUGCUGCGCUGGAGGGUAAUAAGGAACAGGCGAGGCUGAAUUUGACUCCAGGUUUUCUGGUUCCUUAUUUAAUGGAGUACCUGCUUCUUUAAAUCUGGUUUAUUUGUGGUUGCUGCUCUGUUUUGUAAGCAAGGAUUUUUAACACCCUUUGAGGGUUCUUAAUGUCAAAACAUAGUUGACUGGCAACGUUGGGGGUUUUUUGCUGGCACUUAAGUUCACGUGCUGCCAUCAAAACUGGUACAGCUUGGUCGGCUGUGCUUUUCUUCUAGGUUCUGAAGUGUGCACCAUUGGAGUAACUGUCCACUCAAAGUUGUCUUGGCCAGGGCUGAACACGAGUAGAAGUCCGUGUGUAAUACCACUUCUGUAUAGAGCAAAACAGAUGUAGCAGACUUUAGCUCUCUCGUCGUGUUUGGCAUUACGUUGCUCUAGCGAGAGCUCAGUAUUUCUUCUAAACAUUGUGUGCAGUUGAUGUUCCUAUAUUUCAUUAGUUUAUUGAAUUAGCAUGGAAAAAGGAUGUCCUUUUCCUGAAUCAUUUCAUAGUUGUGCUUUAUGCUUUGGGGAAAGAACCUCAAAUGACUCAUACUUUUGUUUUAAGAUUUUUAGUAUUUUGUUGGGUUUGAUUGUUGGUUGUGUUUUGUUGUUGGUUUUGGUUUUUUGUUUUUUGGUUGUUGUUUUUUUUUUUUUUUUAAUUGGAAACUUUAUGCAACUUCCUUGGCUGCCGGCCAGUGGCUUUGUUUGCUCCCAUCUAGCGUACAGCCUGCUGUACGCUGGGGCUGCAGCGUGAGCACUGAGGUUACCCUCAAAUCCAGAGGUUUCAGGCUCCUUGGUUACAAAUACCGACGCAUCCUUGUAAGCUUUGUCGAGAGAGAAGGGCAUUCUGUGCCAGGCAGACAAAUCUUCCCCUCUCUCUUUGGUUUUUGUUCUUUGGUGGUAGUUUGUUUGGUUGGGUUUUUUUUGGUGGUUUUUUUGUUUUUUUGUCUGUUUGUUUUUUUAACAAGGAUGUUAAAGGAUUGAAAUGUUUUGGUAACAACUUGCUCAGCCCCCCUGUGGAGAGCGGAGAAGAGUUUUAGAUUUCUUGCAUUGGCUGGGGGAACCAUCUGGUUGAUGGUAACUGAGGUGAAAGGCCUUAAGUAUUAAUGGGGAGGAGGAGUGAAUCAAAAUUGUGAAGACAGGUUCAAAAACUCUGAGGACUCAGGGAAAAAUGGCUUGGAAAAUCGUAGUUCCUGGCUUUUAAGAAAAACAGUGUUGAGGGCAGUACUCCUGGGGAGUCUGCUGUAUGCUUGUUGAACAGAAACAAGAGUGGAAGAAAUAAUUGCCGUGUGAUUGAGCUUUUGGGGUUCUUUCCCCUUCGUCUGCCCCUUUAUUACUUUCUGCAGAUAGCACCGAAGGACAGAUAUUCCAAUGAUUUAUAAACAAAAUGAUGAGGUGACUUUUGUAUCGGGCUUAAAGCAGACCAUAUGGUUCAGAGAAUGCUUAAUUGAAUAUUCAACUUCAUACAGUUUUAAUUGUGUGAAAACGAUGGAUGAGAAAUACUACUUGAAUAGUAACAACUUUAAAUUAUAUUAGGUGUGUCUUUGAUUUGAACUUUCCUUUAGUAUUGGAGUUGUCCGCUGUUAGAAUUGCGCAGCAAAAUGAGAACAAAAGAGAAACGUGUUAACACUACAUUUCACAUUUUUGUUGAUCAGUUGCCUUCAGGAAAUGGUCUUUGAGGAAAGUCAACCCAAUUAUCAAUAAUUUGGUUGGUUUUUCUCAUGGUUAUUUUCGUGCGUCCCAUUAACUGUUACUGAAAGUUGAAUAAUCAGCAGUACUGUAAGUCUAGUUUAACCUUGGUCCAAAAAGAAGCCCUGCACUACUUGUUAUGCAUCUAUACAUAGAAGGUGACUUCAUUUCAAGGUUUCGUGCCCGUGGGUGGUAUUGGUGCUUUUUGAAGUCCAAGUAGAAUAUUCAGAAAGGCCUUGUAGCUCUUUAUGUUCACCUGUAUAAUGUAGGGAGGGGGAAAAACAAAAACAAACAAAACCCUGUUGUAUACAUUUGUAUUGAAAUAACAUUUUCUUUCCUCCUGCAAGCAAAGCUGGUGGACUGCAGAAGACAACCGCAUAGGAUACCAAGCUCUAAUGGACCUUUGGGAAGAGAAGCUGUGGCUUAUGUGGAAUUUACAUGGGCCUCUCGAUGGAAGAAAGCUUAUCUGUUUAGUAUUUGUGCAUUUUACUAAAAUGGCAGCUUUAAAAAAAAAAAAAAAAAGUUGUGUAUCUGCUAUUGUGAUGCCAAUGCCCGUGUUUUAAGUGGAAAAAAAAAAUGACCUCUUUGCUUUGUGCUGUGUACACAAGAUUGCUGGAAAAGUAAAGGAAUACCCUUUUUAUGGCUCACACAGCUUAAAAGUAGCUGUCACUCAAACAUGCGCUCACAGUUGAGCUGAUUUUGUUUCAUUCUAAAUAAAUUGUUUCUUUUGAGGAAAAUGG